GUAAGUAUUCUGUGGGGCGGCUGACGGUUCCCACGGGUCUGAUUUGUUUAUCUAUUCCGGUAUAUGGCUAAUUUCUUUAGUUGUCAUAGAACCCAUUGAUUGUCAACAAUGAUCUCUGCAGCCCUCGUACUCCUUAUUGUUCCCGCGGUGUUUGGUGCCUGCCCCCAGGAUUGGAGACAGGUGGACAGCCACUGCUAUAUGAUCAGCCAUGCCAAACUCACUUGGCCGGAAUCUCAGGAAAUGUGCCGAGCGUUGGGCGGCACUCUGGCGACCUUUGAGAACAGCGCCGACAUCAGCGCCAUAGCCUUCCAGCUCCACGGAGAUAUCCGGGAGGAGAAGAUCUGGGUGGACGGAACUGACGCCGUCUCUGAGGGACAUUGGAUCUGGGCCUCAAACGGACAUGACGUCAUUUCCUCUUUCUCGGGCCGUGUGUCCAAUAACGACAAGGACAAGAACUGUCUGAGCAUGGACUCCGAUCACCACUUCCGGUGGUACGCGGAGAGCUGUCACUCCGAGGCGUACUACAUCUGCGAGAGGCUCAACGUCGUGUCAAGCGGAGCUGGAUCCGUGGUGGUAGGAUAGAAGGCAGUGACGUCAUCAACGGUUCAGGGGACUGUGUCAAACCAUCACAAACCUAUGUUAACGAAUUGUAACAAUUUCUGGCAAAACAAGAGUGUCCUUCAAGCAUGCUUUUCAAUAUAAAUCCAGAAACUCUUUUCAGCGUCUCCAUGCUAUAUACUAACUUCAGAAUAUCUGCUAGCUGACAUUUUUAAAAUAAUAUAAAACCCACGCCGCCAAACUAAA